GUCCUUCUCCCACUCUGCUGCAGGUUAAACAUGGCUGCGCUCUUACGGUCUGCCCGGCUGCUGAAAAUCUCCCCCUGUGCCCUUCUGCCGGUGAAGGGGACACACAAGCAUGUAGCGACCGUUAGUGGCUAUUGCAGUAGAGCGGUCUGCCGAAGGGCAGCGGGGCUCAGCGGCAGUGUGAACAGUCCUUUCUCGUACAGCUCAGCGUGGCCCUGUUCAGCACUGCGUUACUAUGGUACAGCUCCAGAACAGAAAGGGGUGGUCAAAGAUGAGCCCAGCCUCGGAGUGCGCACCAAGCAAGCCCAGCAGUUUGACUGGGCUCUCGCAAAACUGGACAGCUCAGUCAGAAGGACCGGUCGAGUUACCAAAACAUUGCUUCAGCGCAUCUUUCAUGAUAUCUGUCGAACAGGCUACCCCAGUGGGAACCAGGCUCUGCUGCUGCUGAGAAGUUGCGGCUCUCUGCUUCCUGAGCUGCCCUUUGCCGAGCGCACGGAGUUAGCCCACCGUGUCUGGGAGAAGCUGCAGGAGUUGGGUGCUACCUAUGAUGUCAGCCAUUACAAUGCCCUGCUUAAGGUCUACCUCCAGAAUGAGUUCAAGUUCUCCCCCACUGACUUUCUUGCCAAGAUGGAGGCAGCCAAUGUCCAGCCCAACAGAGUGACCUAUCAGAGACUGAUUGCAGCAUAUUGUCAAGAUGGUGACAUUGAAGGUGCAAGUAAAAUCCUGGCCUUCAUGAAGAGCAAAGACCUGCCCAUCACAGAGGCUGUGUUCAACUCCCUGGUGACGGGCCAUAGUCGAGCAGGAGACAUGGAGAGUGCUGCUAACAUCCUGUCAGUGAUGAGUGGGGCAGGCAUUGAGCCAGGUCCAGACACUUACCUAGCUCUGCUCUGUGCUUAUGCUGAGAAGGGAGACCUUGCCAAAAUCAAAGAGACUCUAGAUGCAGUGGAGAACAAAGAUAUCAGUCUGAUGGACAGAGACCUGAUGCAGAUAAUGUUCAGCCUGACUAAGGCUGGCCAUCAGCAGCAUGUGCCGGAGAUAGUGGAGCGCAUGAGACAUGAGAGAGGCUAUGUACCAGAUGCGAUGAACCUGUGUUUGAGUCUGAUCACCCAGGGCUUUGAGGAUACAGCAUUUGCUGUGCUGAAAACCUUCCCUAGUCUGCAGGCAGAGUCACAGAACGGUGACAACCCAGACCUGGGCAACUUCUUCCUCCGUCACUGUGUGAACAUGGAUAAGUCGCCUGAAAAGUUGGUUCAUUUCUGUAAAGAUCUGAAGGACUCCAACUUGCACUCUUCUCCACUGCAGUUUACACUCUAUUGUGCCCUGGAUUCCAAGAAGACAGCUAUGGCAGUAGGGCUGAUGAAGACAAUGAAGGAGGAAGGCCUUCCCAUCAGGCCUCACUACUUCUGGCCACUGCUAACACAGCAUCAGAAAGACAAAAAUGCACCAGGCACUCUGGAGGUGCUGAAGGCCAUGCAGGAGCUAGAUGUUCUCCCUGAUGUUGACACUUAUUCCAACUACGUACUGCCCACCUUCCCCUCAGUGGACACUGCCCGGGCUGCUCUCAAGGGUGCUGGCUGUUCAGUGGACACUACUGGAUUUGUCUCAGCGGAGGUGCGAAAUGAGGCGGCGAGGGGAAAUCUUUCAGGGUUGCUUUCUUUGAUGUCUUCAUCCUCCUUCCCUAACAUUGACAUUGGUGCUUUCAGAGCAAGCCUGAUCGCUGGGUUCAAGGGGUCGAAUGAUGUGGAGAGCAUGACCAAGAUCACAGAGCUUCUCUAUAAUGACAGCCGGUUCAGUCAGGCAGGCACAGACAGUGCAGACAACGUGGCCUACUUUCUCUAUAACCUGUUUGACGGAAUGACCGAGACAGACGUGCAGGCUAAAGAGGAGAAGCUGAGACAGUACCUCAAUCAGCUUGGGCAAAAGAACAUCACCAUUCCUGUAAACAUCUACAGAGGAAUCAGGAACAUUCUGGACUCCUACCACGUGCCUGAGCUUAUUAAGGACGUUCUUGCUCUUGUGGAUGACAAAGAAAGCAUCAGGGCCUCGGAUGCUCCCACCCCUAGAGGUUUCGAGGACAGAGUGCUGAGUCUGGAGAAGAAGCUGGAGGAGUUGAAGUCCCAGGGAAAGCCGACUGGAGCUAUUUUCAAACAGCUGAUCAGUGCCCUCUGUGCUGAGGAGAACCUGUCUCGCGCUCUGGAGGUGAAAGCCCAGCAUGAGGAGGAGAUGACUCCCAGUUGCUAUGCUUUGCUCAUCAACCUUUGCUGUCGUCAUGACAAUCCUGAGGAGGCACUGAACCUGAAGAGAGAGUUGGCUCGUAAGGACUCUGAGGUCGCCCUGGAUGCCAACAAGUACAUGAGCUUGGUCAAAGUGCUGUCCAAACAUGGCAAGCUUGAAGAGGCAGUGGACAUUCUGAAGGAGAUGAAGGAGAAAGAUGUGCCGGUGAAGGACACCACGGUCACACUGUUAUUCCACACGCUCAACUCUGCCGCUUUAAAGGGAGACAGCACCACCAUCCGGCGCCUGCAGGACACAAUCUUCACCCUGGGCCUGGUCAGUCCCUCCAGCAAUCUCUGCUCACCGCUGGUCACUGCAUACCUGGAGAGUGGGGACUUGACAGGAGCAUUGGAAGCUACUAUGGAGAGCCAUAAACUGUACAAACAACUUCCACGAAUCCACGACAUCAUCAGUGGCCUUGUGGAGAAAGGAGAUACUGAGUUACUGCAGAAAGCCAUGGACUUCGUGAGCCAGGAGCGUGGCGAGAUGACGAUGCUGUACGACCUUUUCUUCGCUUUCAUGCAGACAGGCCGCUACAGGGAAGCACGCAAAAUCAUUGAGACUCCUGGUUUAAGAGCAAGACCUGGCAGACUGCAGUGGUUUGCAGAGAAGUGCAUUACAGGCCAGCAGAUGGAGGCUCUGGAGAACAUGGUGGAUAUGACAUCAAAGCUGUUUGAGUGCGACAGAGAUGAGAUGUACCACUACCUGCUCCGCCUCUGCAAGGACACAAAUGACUGGCGUAAGGCUGAGGCAGUGUGGACGAAGAUGCAGGAGGAGAACGUUAUUCCCAGAGAACGGACCCUGCGCUUGCUCGCUGAUAUCCUCAAGAGCAACAACCAGGAGGUUCCCUUUGAGGUGCCUGAGGUGUGGUAUGAGCAACAUGAAGCCAAAGAUAGUUCUGAGGUGGCCAGAGGGGAGAGUGCUUCCAGGGUUUCCCCUCCAAAAGAGGCUUCUGCUGCUGAGUAUCACCUCAGAGUGAUGACUCUCAGCAAGAAAGGGAAAGUCCAAGAGGCCUUUAAUAUUCUGAAGGAGGCGGACCGGAAGGGCAUGGCUUUGGGACCUGCUUCAUACGAUGCGCUCAUCAAGGCCCUGCUGGCCUCAGGCAACCUGGAGGAUGCCUUAGCAGUCAAAAACAUCGCUUCCAAACAUGUUUCAGGAUUCCAGUUGAGUGACCUGGCCAGCAACCUCCAUAUUAUUACACAAGUGAAGCAUGGAAACCUUAAAGAUGCUUUGGUUAGUCUGAAGGGAAUGCUUCAGGCUGACCAGGUACCCUCGCAGCUGGCCAUCACCCGCUUGGUCCAGGGCCUGGGUAGUCGUGGAGAUGUACAGGGCAUUCAGGAGGUGGAGAACUUGGUCAAGACAUUAGGCCCGUCCAUCAACCUGUCCAGCAUGCUGUUUGUGAACAACACUGCCCUGGCCCACAUUAAAAAUGGUGACAUUCAGAGUGCAGUGGAGGGACUGGAGUCUGUGUACACCCAGGGCUCAGAUAGUCCACAGAAAAACAUUUCCUUUGUCUUCCGUAAAGUUCUAGAAGCAAACAACGAGGGUGCCCUUGAUAAAUUGAGUGCCAUGGCUGAGCGGCUGUGUAAUCAUUUUGCCUCAUAUAGGGCUGCCACUGACCUAUUCCUGCAGUACCUGGACACGGGCAGGACAGAGGAGGCAAAGUUCCUGCUGCAGCGCUGUGCAGCAGUUGUUGAACAGAAGGAUGCAAUGAUGUCCUACAUGACCAAGAUCUCCCAGAAGUCAGGACAGGUGGCCAAGAUAAAGACUCUGAUAGAGUUGAUUCCAGAAUUCGCUGAGAAGGAGACAGUCUGUGCUUACUUGAUGAAGUGCUAUGCUCUGGAUAAGGACCUUUCCUCGGCGAAGGCUCUGUAUGAGCAGAUGCAGGCUGAGAGGCUGCAGGUAGAUGAGUUGUCUCUGAAGAGACUGGCGUCGCUUUACAAGGAUGCUGGAGAAACUGUUCCCUUUGAAGAGCCCCCGGAGACAUUCAGGUUCUACGCACAGAAACUUAAGGAAUCCAAGACCCCCAGUACUGCAGAUAACUAGAAACCUCCCUCCAUUCUUAUCUCUUCUUUUUUUUUAUGUCUGCUCAGAUCUUGUGUAAUGCUGUGAAGUUGAUUAAACUUGUUUAACUCCUGCUUAUAAUUCUGUGGAAGAUAACAUGAAACGAUGCCAUGUACAGAAGUAUUUAUGUUAAUAAACGUGUCAAACAUUCA